AGAUCAAAUAAUUGAACACGCUGAAAGCAACUCGCUCAUGUGAACAUUUAUAGCAAUUCGAAGACAAAAUAAUGAAAUAGUAUUUUUCGGUUUCUGGAUUAUCGACUACACGCGGGAAAUGGUCGAAUGAUUUAUGAAGUAUGACAGAGAGAUGAAUAACAUUAAAUAUUAAAAUUUUACCCUCUUGCAGAGCCCGAUUGUCUCACAUCGCAGGAGUUUUACCAUGUAUAUUGCAGCUGUAUGAGAUGUGCAGUGGGUAGCUUUGCCGAAGGGUUUUGAUGUCCAGCGGCUUGAUCAGUGAUAUAUCUCGGUGACAUGAUGUAUGACGUUGUUCCUGUUCUGUUGAUUUUAUGUACAAUUGGACGAAAAGCGCUCAGUAAUCUACAAGAAUCAGAUCCAAAAUGCCGUUACCGGGUGCACUUUCCAAAGGCUUCAUGGCACACAGCGUAUGACGUAUGUGCCGGAGAAAACAAAACUUUAGCGAAAAUAUCUUCCCAAAUAGAAAUACAGCUUGUAGAUUUAGUGUUGUUAGACGUAGAGAAACUUAUCGAACAGCUUGAGGUGAAAACAGAUUUACAAGGCGUAUGGAUUGAGGGGUUUCGACGGUCUUCCAACAAUGAAACCAUGCAACAAAACUGUCGGAGUCUAGAUCCUACGUUUAACAUAGUGACCGCAGCAGAGGACGAUAUACUAUGUCUCUACUAUAACUACACAGACAAAAAGUUCUAUGCAGAUAAUUGUAGUACAGACAGGGCGUUUCUUUGUGAAAGUAUGACUACUGAUUUGGAAAAUUGUAUGAUGAAUAAUGGGAUAACAUCGGUCGUAAGUGAUAUACCGAAUGGAAUAUGUGAGUUGAGGAGUAAGGACGCUUCUUUAAUAACCCUAGAAGAGUGCAAAUCGGGUUGUUUGAAAGAAUCUAGAUGUUAUGCUAUAGAAUACUCAUCAUUCUGCAAAGAAUAUAUGUACAAGCAUGAAACAUCCCGGUGUUACUUUGGAAGAGGAACGGUGUUUAUCGACCACAAAGGCCUCUUCAUUUACCAUCCAACCCUACCAUCGCCGGCCGCUGCAAAACCAUUUAAAGAAUGGUGUCCAGAAAUUACCCAAGAAAUCAUACAAGAAAAAAUAGAAAACAUUCAAAAAAACUUGACGGUGAACAAGAAGGAGACAAACCAGUAUAUCCGGACGUUAACCAGCGCCCCCGACGAGCGGCAGUCGGCCAAGAACAUCGGCAUCGUCGGGGUGACCGUCAUCUCUGUCGUGUUUGGAGUCAUCAUGUUAUCCGACUGUAUCAACGUCGUUAAAGGAAUCCAAAACAAAUGUAAAAGGUCGGAGGACAGCUGAAUAUUUCAAACAGGUUCCAAUGCAUUGGUUGCAUCCGUCUACAUUAGGAUUAGGAUCCUAACAAAAAGGUCCAACAAGUUCUUACGUAUUACAUUAUUUCAUUUUAUGCCUCCUCAUUCUCUUACCUACACAUCAAACAAACUCACAAAUGUGUUGAAAAUUUUUAUUGAUCAGAAUAUGAUUUUAUCCUAAUCAAAACAUAUAAACAUUGAUGUGCAUCAUAUCUAGUACAUACCAAUAAUUCAAGUAGAACAAAAAUCAAAAUACUGUAACUGUAAAAAACAUAUGUUAAAACCAACUGCAACAUAUACCGGUAAUAUGUAAAGCAGAAUAUUAUACAAGGUAAAACUAUGCAUUCAAACACAUAGGAAAAAUUAUUUAUAAUACAAACUGAUGGCAGAAGGUGGGAAAAUAGGCGCUUGUGUUUAUCGUUUUUCCCUGUCCCGUUUUAGAUGUAUUUAUACAUUGCAAUGUCAUUGUGUGCCUACGUAUUGAUACAAAACACAUCGAUUUAACAUUAAAGUCUUCUAUAUAGAACGUGUAAAAUUAACCAAUUUUAGAUACUGUUUAAAAACGACGUUUUGUUAAAUUGUUUGUAUCAAUAGAUGUGGUUGAAUAUUGUCAUAGCUAAUUGGUUAUAGUAUUAAGCUUAUGAACCACAGAUCUUGAGUUCGAAUCAACUCCGAGCAUUUCUUUAUAUUUUCUGAAUUAAAUUUGUGAAAAAAAAUAUUUUUUUAUCCAAAAUUGCAUAUUUUUUCACUCAUUUAUAUACAUCAAUAUAUAUUUAUCAUAACCAAGUAAUUUUCUGCUGAUUUGAUAAACUACUAGUAAUUCAAGGUGUAGUGAAUGUCACUUUAUAUUAAUUAGUUAAACAUUUUCAUAUUAUAUUCAUGAAUAUUUUAUCAAAAAUAUUUACACUUAAGUUUUUAUUCAAACAGAGAUUAGAGGAUACGUGUGUAUAGUUUGUCUGUAUCUGGUAUGUAUUACCAAUAAAUUCCCCUAUACGAUCGAGCAAUUUUCGACAGAUUUAUGAUGACAGAUAAAGGUACAAUGUCAAAGAUUACGCGUAUGCAAAAAUAAGUUUAAAAUUCGAAUACCGAGGGACCAUAUGGCACAAUAUCUUUUGAACGCCCAUUUAAAGUCAUUUUUGCUCAGGUGAGCGAUGUGGCCCUAAGGGCCUCUUGUUAGUAUAUUUAUUAUAAUUUUAUAUUUUGUUACCAUUUAUGUGUAUAAAAUUUACCCAAAACGAUACCAUUUUUGUAAAAAUACGUACAUAAUGGGGAUAACGUCCAGUUUCUCUACUAGUUUCUUGAAAACGGAAGUGACGUUUAGCUUGAUUAAAAUAAUAAACAAUUACGGAUUGUUGAUAACACAUGGUCAGUAUUGCAUUUGAUUGAAUAUAUUAAACAUGGUCAACUGGCUGAUUUUUUCCGUGAAACUCAUAAAAGAAUGUCUUUUUUUUUGGAUUAUUUACUAAACGCUCUCGUGAGCAUGAUUAAUUUUACUUCCCAAACAUUGCAGUUUUUACCUAGAGAUUUGAAAUGUUCCGAGUUGAACACGACAGUGUAUAAUUGUUAUUUAAAUUUGAAUUAAGAUUUGAUUAAAAGAGUCCUUGCAUAGAGAUCUACAUAACAAUAUUACAAUAUUGUUACAAUAUUGUUUUUGCAUGUUGAAAUGGUCGCUCAUUUAUGAGUGUGAAUUGCAGUAUGAAAUUUAGGGGGUUUUGUUUGAAUUCAUAAAACAUUGUUUCAUUAUUUACAAGCUAUUGAUGAAAAAAUGUUGUUUUUUGUUGUUGUUGAAUCAUAUAAUUUACAUUAAAAAAUGCAUUGUAGGUUGAGGCAACUCGUUUUAAACAUGUUAAUAUGCCAUUGUAUAACUUCAAGAUUGAGAGGUACUUAGUGUGAACUGUAGGCGUAUGACAUCAAAAUAAAUACAUGUAUAUAUCUCUUAUUGCCUAACUAGAAAAUAACAACAAAAUUAUCUCUUUUAAUUAUUCGACGAACUCAUAUAACUUCUUUAUUAUUAAUUCGACAUGUACAAUGAUUGCAAUAUCAUCAAAAUUAAUAAUUUUUCUUUACUCUAUAACCCUCUAUUUUACAGGAACCUUUUUAAUAAAGUGGAAAUUGAAAGAUAUAAAAUUAUAUUCCCACAGUUUCAUAGUGUAAGGGGGAGGGGGAAUUGCAAUCAAUUUUUAUCUGUUAAGGUGAGUCUGACUGGUAAUUUACUGACAGCACAGCCUUCUUAAAAUAAAUCAUAAAAUAACUAGAAACUAAAAUAAACUGUUGAAUAACAUUCUUGACAAACAGUCUAUGAUCUGGAUAUCUUUUAUAUCAGAAUAGUAUAUAUAUCUUUUACUGUGAUAUUUAAUAUUUUGUAUCUUCCAUUUAUCAUGUGUUAUAUUUACACGAUACAAUAGCAAAAUAGUUUCAUUUCUCAUUUUUCAAUAAAUGUUUUUUUGUAAUUGCACUUUAUUAUAAUUAAAUGCCAUGUUAAUACAUGUAUAAAAAUAUUUGAAAAAAUAUCAUGAUUUUAAAUAUAUAUCUAUCGU